AUGUUCAUUGCUUUCCGGUUUUUUGCCGGGGCCGGGAGCUGGGGAUUUCUCUCAAUUACUCCCGUCUAUGUGGCGGAACUUGCCCCAACUGAACUGCGUGGCUUUUUUGUUGGCAUCAACGGUGUGAUGAUAACACUCGGCUACGCUUUAGCAUCUUAUAUGGGCCUAGCAUUCUACGACCUUACCACUUCAGAUACACAGUGGCGCGGCCCUCUCGGAAUUGCAUUGGUAUGGCCAGUGCUUAUACUCUUCAUGUUACCGUUUCUUCCUCAGUCACCACGCUGGCUUUUGAUGUCGGAACAGCCGGAAGAGGCGUGGAAUAUCAUCUCGAAGCUCCACACCGUCCCUGACGAUCCCAAUCAGACAUAUGCUCGCAGAGAGUUCUACCAGAUGCGGGAACAAACCAAGAUAGAUGUUACCCUUGACCCAUCCUGGUAUGAGAUGUUCCGGAGACCGUCAUAUCGUAGACGCUGUAUUCUGGCCGUCACCUUCGCGUUCCUGAGUCAAAGUGCUGGACCGUUGGUAAUAACCAAUUAUGGCCCUACUAUCUACCAGUCAUUAGGUUUCGGGACACGGGAUCAGUUACGGCUACUAUUUGGCCCUCCAGCAAAUCUAAUAGGCUCUUUGGUGGUUGACCGCUGGGGUCGACGGCCACUUAUGGCGCUUGGUGUCGGAGGUUGUUGCUUGUGCUUAGUGAUCGAGGCGGCCAUGGUGGCGACGUACGGAGGCACAGCAACUAACAAGGCAGGCCUGGGCGUGGGCGUUUUUGCUCUGUACUUCUUCAUAUUCAUCUACAGCAUUGGUGUGGACGUUGGUGGCUAUGUGUUCUACACCGAAAUCUUUCCGAAUCACCUCCGCGCCAAGGGACUCGCUUUGGCCGUCGCAACCAACGCCUUGACAGAUCUUGUAUAUCUUCAAGUUAGUCCCACAUCAUUUGCGCAUAUUGGCUGGAAGUUCUUCUUGGUUUUCAUCAUUAUAUCUGGACUCGGUUUUGUCUGGGUUAUCUGGAAGGUUCCAGAGACUAAAGGCAUCCCGCUUGAAGAGAUGGCGGCUAUGUUUGGUGAUGAGGAUGAGGUGGCCGUGUAUGCCCGAGAUAUACAUACCGACAGCAGCACUAAGGAACUAGUUGUUACCAGUGAGGGUCGUCAUGGGGGAGGAGAAGCCAACGAGAAAACCCGCCCUCAGAGCAAACAACAGGAACAUAUCGAGGAUGUGGUUGUAAUGCCAGAUAGUAUGGUUGUUUAA